AAGAGACAUAAACUAAAGACGAGAGAGACAGAGAGAGAGAGAGGGGGAAAAAUAGGGAUAGAGCGAAAGAGACAAGGAGAGAGAGAGAGAGAGAGAGAGAGAGAGAGAGAGACAGAGAGAGACCGAGCUUAUUUUGUAGUUGCCGGGAGCCGCGUGACAGGUGAGACAUCACACUGCUGCUCGAGCUCGGGGUUCACAAAUUUGCAGAUGCCGACAGAUGUGCCCGAAGACAGGCUCAACCCCGAGGACAGAGAGACGAAGUGUGACAGCAUGACUCUGUCCAGCACCCCGACUGUCCGCAGAGGAAGCACUCCUCUUCCGAUUAAGCACCAGCUCAGACGGGAAGAAGCCGUCCAUGACGAGUGCGACUGGGCAUCGGGUGCAGCUGGUCCUUCUGUCUCACCGAUCAGCUUCAGCCCGGCCUUGGAUGACACUCUGACUGUGACGGUGGAGGGCCGACCUGAUGGGCCUUUGAGAAUCGCCCUGCUGGGGCAGAACGGCGUGGGGAAGUCUUCUCUGGCCCUCGCCCUCGCCGGGGACAUGGACAGGGCUGCGUCUGUGGAUUCUGAAGGAGAGGGUUACGUGCGCACAGUCACCGUGGAUGACGAGGAGAGCACCAUCAUUAUCUUUGACAACUGGAGACAGGACCUGUCGGCUCUGCUGUGUGAGGUGUGUGUCCUGGUGUUUUCAGUGACCGACAGGCGUAGCUUCCACCGCACCGCUCAACUCCGGCUCCUCCUCAGGGAGACGCAGCCCCAAACCCCCAUCAUCCUCGUCGGGAACAAGAGCGACCUCGUUCGCACACGCGAGGUCACCUCUCAAGAGGCCAUGUCCAGUGCCGCCCUCUACAACUGCCUCUAUCUGGAGAUCUCUGCCUCUCUGGACCACCGUACUCCGGAGCUCCUAGAGUGCGCUGUGCGGCUAGCCAGGGGCCUCCCCCCCUGGCCCCCGGGGACCAGCGCGGAGGACAUGACCGGCGGAGGUGGACGCGAGAGCAUCACCUCCCGCGCCAAACGUUUCCUGUCCAGCCUGGUGCCUCGGUACCCGCGAGAGCGAGAGGUGGGCAAGUUCAUGAGGCAGAAGUCUCGCUCGUGCCACGACCUGGGGGCCCUGUGAUGGGGCUCCGCGGGGAGUUUCAUGGUCAGAUUGUUAACAGAGGUAGCUGGAGGUGAUGUAGUAUACCAACAGAGAAGAGGAAGAGGGAGUGAUGCAGCAAAGAUAUGUGAGAAACAGAGGAGGUGUGAAGGUGCCAGAGUGAUGGCAGGACAAUGUGAGGGGAUCAUCAUGUGCAUCCAGUGGAGGCAAACAGAGAGGAUGUCAAUAUGUUAGUGAUGUUUAUCCGUUUAGGACAAUAUAGAAAUUUUGUACACAAGACUUAACACAGAGGAAGAUGAAAUACUGUUGUAGAAUCCAUGUAAAUAAACUAUCAUAGUGACAUGUAUUUGAGCUGAAUAAAUUUUUUUUUUUUUUGAGGUCUUGAGAAAGUCA